UUAAAGAACAUCGGUAUCUGGGAUUUGUCCGUGUGUAUGCAUCCUGUGCGCCGUCACAGACUCGUUGCAGCUUUUCUAUUUUGUUCACAGUUCCAUAUAAGUAAUCAACAUCUGCUAUUGUCUAAUCACUCCAUGGCAGGUCAUGAAACAUACUGCUCACAAUUGUAUCAUUCAUAACAUAUACCCAAUGUGUUGCAGGUUGAACAGUUUUGAUUGUAACUUCUUUUUUUAAAUUGAAUGUUUUUCCUGUGAAUUAUUUUUCUGCAGAUUUGGUUUUUCAGUAUUCACCCCUCUUUCUACACAGAGUUCUAAAUGGUCAACCCCUUACCGACAUAUGUUAAGAACCUAACUAAUUAAUCAUUUUUUUCUUUAAGUUUUGUAUUAAUCAAUUUUUGCAAAUAAUCUUAUAAAAAUUAUGUCAGGGUAAUACUGGUUGUGAGACAGACACUGCCACACACAUAAUAUUUCAAUAAUAGUCUUGUUUUGGUUACAAAUUUUAAAUAAUGCUGGAACAACCCCAAAUUCAUUAUCAAAAACAGAAUUAUGUGAUGUAACAUUUUUGAGGAAUUUUUAACCAAACUAAUCUUAUCCCGUCAUUCCUUAGCUGAAUACAUGUGUUUUUAUGAAAAAAUCUAUUUAUACAUGUUUUGUCAACAGAUUAUAGUAGUAAUGAAA